AUGCCAACUCUCUCUCUACCCGUUGAAUUAAACUCUCUACAACAGCAGGAUCUCUACUACGCAAAUGUGAGGAAGAUCAUCUACAUGGGAUUAGGGCCAUUGGGGUGUGCCCCACGCACGGUAUGGGAGAACAGCAAUUCUACGGCUGAAAUCAACGGCGGAAAAUGCAUCGAUUGGAUCAACGAGAUGAUCAUAGAAUACAAUGCAAUAGUGUCGUCAAGUGUGGUUGAUAUGGGAAUGGAGUUGCGUGAUGCUCAGAUCAUCUUUUGCGAUGUUUACAAAGGGAUGAUGGACAUCAUAAACAACCCCAGACGCUAUGGAUUUGAGAACGUGCAUAGCGCGUGCUGUGGGAUUGGAAGAUAUGGUGGUAUGGUUGGGUGUGUUUCCAAAGAAGUUGCUUGUGAGGAGCCUUCAACUCACGUUUGGUGGGACUUCUACAACCCUACCAAAGCCGUCAACACCUUGCUUGCUCAUUCSAUCUGGUUCGGCCAACCCUUGUUUGACAUCUGCCUCCCAAUUAGUAUUCAACAACUAACGUCUAUGUGACGACCUUCACCUACUACUCACAC